AUGUGGACCUGGACCUGUAGCUACCUUGAUGUGGACCUUGAUGGAGUGAUGAACGUGUUGAUGCUGCAGCCAAGUCGUCCUCAGACAGCUGGUGCAGCUCUUCAUCUCGUUCCAACCAGACUGCAGCUCUUUGAAUACCAGUCUGUGCGUUUUACCUGUGAGGGGCUGAACGUGUCGGCCGGAUUCAGAGUGAGGAACACAGAGGAGUUCAUUUCAAAAUGUUCAAACGACACAGAGACGCCGACCGUGACCUGCGCCAUCGACUUUGCUUUCGUAUCGGACAGUGGAGAGUACUGGUGUGAGGGCGGAGGGAGGAGGAGCAACUCUGAGAGCAUCAGCGUCACUGCCGGCUCAGUGAUCCUGGAGAGUCCUGUUAGUCCUGUGACGGAGGGAGAUGAUGUCACUCUGCGCUGCAGGAACAAGACGACCUCCUCAAACACAGCUGAUUUCUUUAAAGAUGGCCGCCUCAUCAGGAGCAGCUCCACAGGAGAGAUGACCAUCAGCAGUGUGUCCAAGUCUGAUGAAGGACUCUACAGGUGUCACAUCUCUGGAGCUGGAGAGUCACCUGAGAGCCGGCUGACUGUCACAGGUGAGUCCAGGUGUCAGGUGUGUAGUGACACAGCAUGA